UCUGUUAUUUUAUAUCUCUUAUAUACUGAAUAAACAUUUCGAUUGUUACUUCACUGAUUUGAAUAUAAGAUUAGGAGAGGUUAUCAGCUCCGUAUAUUAUACCUAGUUGUUGUCAUAAAUAAAGAAACCAGUUGAUUCUGUUGAAUAUUCUGAAAUAAUUGUAGUUAUGGCUUUCGUUUGUAGAACACAUUACCUAAGUAAUAAUAUUUCGAAACAGGUUGAUUUUUUUAUGAGACAUAUAAAAGAAUUUCAUCAAUCAGCAUGUGCUUUAGGUAACAUCAUUCCAUUCAAUUUAUCGGAUAUCGGAGAAGGAAUAACAGAAGUGGCGGUUAAAGAAUGGUUCAUUAAGGAAGGAGAUAAAGUAUCUCAAUUUGACAACAUAUGUGAAGUACAGAGUGACAAAGCAUCAGUUACUAUAACAAGCAGAUAUGACGGUGUAAUAAAAAAAAUUCAUUACAAUAUUGAUCAAACUGCAUAUGUAGGAAAACCACUUGUGGAUAUCGAAGUAGAAGCUACCUCACCAUCCAUACAUGAGGAGACCAAAGAGAACUUUCAACAUGCUGAAAAGGAAAUUGAAUUAGAAAAAGAAAAUAAUGUUAAAAUAGAUCAAUAUGAAAAUGAUUAUUCACAAUGCAUUCCUUCAGUAAGAAGAUUGGCUAGACAGUAUAAAAUAGAUUUGCGGAACGUAAAAGGCACUGGCAAAAAUUCCCGUAUUUUAAAGGAAGAUAUUUUGCGUUUUCUAGACAAACCUCAAGAAACCGAUCAUAAAGAAAUUAACAAAAAUCCCUAUUCAGAAGAGGAAAUUAUAAAAUUAAAAGGUUUUCAGAAAGCAAUGUUCCAGACGAUGACAGCAUCCUUAAAUAUUCCACAUUUCAACUACAGUGAAGAGAUAAAAAUAACAAAAUUAUACAAAUUGAGGAAAGAAUUGAAUUCCAUUUCAGAACUUGGUGUGAAAUUGUCUUAUGUACCAUUUUUCAUUAAAGCUAUAUCUCUUGCUUUAUCUAAAUAUCCUUCUCUAAACUCUACUAUAGAUCUUGAAAAGGAAACUAUAAAAGUAAAAAAAUAUCAUAACAUAGGAAUUGCAAUGGACACUAAAGUUGGCUUAGCUGUUCCAGUAAUCCAUGAUAUUCAAAAUAAAAAAAUAAACGAUAUAGCUCAAGAAUUGCACCGCUUAAUGGAAAAGGGAAAAGAUGGAAAUUUUGCUAUUGAUGACCUCAAAAAUGGAACAUUCACUUUCUCUAAUAUUGGUGCAAUAGGAGGAGUUCAUGUAUCACCAGUGAUUUUAACACCUCAAGUUGGUAUAGCUGCUAUUGGUGCUAUUCAAACUGUGCCUAAAUUUGAUGAAAACUUGCAAAUAUAUCCAGAACAGGUUUUAUAUAUGUCUGGAGCAGGAGAUCAUCGAAUAAUUGAUGGGGCCACAAUGGCGAAUUUCAUUAAUUUAGUCAAAAAAUAUAUUGAAAAUCCUCUUUUAUUACUUAUGCAAUAAUCACAAUUCGAAUAUACUAAAAAUUUUUUACCUUAAAAAACUUAACAACUAGCUCACAAUAUAAAUCACAUAUAAAACUGAAACAAUUUUCCUUCCGUGGAAUACAAUAUCAAAAUGUACGAUUAAACUACUCUAAGUAUAUACAGAAUCAAAUUUUAUAACAAGGCACAGUAUUUAAUCAAUUAGAUUUUCAAUUCAAGAUGAAAAACAACACCUAUGAAACAUUUUGGAAAUGUUAUACAAUAAAUAAUUACAAACCUCAUUAGAGUGAGUUCUUCCUAACUUUAAAAUAGAGAUCGAAAAAACCAUUACAAUAUUACAUUUAUAACACCAUUGACAUAAUGUAAUGAAUUGUACUUAUAUAUCACAAUAUUUAUGUCAUAUUAUGUAAUAUAAUCAUAUCAUAUCAUGAUUAUUUUCAUUAUGGAAAACACUUAAAUUUAAGUAAUUUUAAAAAUGGUAAUUUUGUCAUUAUUCCUUCUUAAUAUAUACACCCAAAUAUUCA